AUGAUAUAAAAAUUAAGGGAUAUCUUCAGAUAAGAUUCCGAAUUCAUUCAAUUCUUAAAGCAGAGUUGUCUCACCAAAGACAAUUAAGUGUACCAUUAAGAGGACUUUGAGUUUCUAUUAUAAUACAUGAUUAAAGAGAGAAAUCUCAGGGAUUUUUUUGAGUUUUAUUCUAAUUUGGACAUGUAGACUUAUAAUACUAAAAUGAAAAUGCUAAUCAUCACUCAUUAGUUUAUUCAUUCAAAUGAAGAGUUCUCCAAAUUAUUUACUACUUUACGAUUAACAAAUUUUUGUUUACUCAAACACAGCCAUAGAAAUUACGAAACUUGGUUACUCUUUAAUAUACAAAUUCCAUUUUUAUCUUACUUAUAAAAAUUGGCCAUCAGCUACAAAGAGAUUAAAAGUUACAAAACCUGCAUUUUUAGAAAAUAACAAAAUUCUAAGUAUUUAAGUUAAACACACAUUUCUUUAGCAUUAUGAUCGACAGUUUUAAAAUCAUUAAUAUUGUCAAUGUGGCUCUCUCUCUUGUACCUAGUUUGAAGACAGCUUUAUUAAACUAUCCCUAUGAUAUACUAUUAUAAAGAUUAUCCUUUAAUUUGUAUUAAGAAAUUCAAGGAUUUUAAAAGAAUUUAAUAAAUUCAAUGAUCCUAAUCUUGAACGAGAACCCCAAGAUCCAAAAUGUUGAAUUGUAUGAACUCUUAAGAGAAGUAAUAAGCAUGUAUAUAGUAGAUUAAUUUCAUUGAAUAGAGAAUGAUAUACUAUCAUUAAUUUCGAAACCUUUAUGACCCAAAAGAAAGUCUUUUGUCUCCCUUAUAGACCUAACAAUAAUUUGAGUACUAUAAAUCUCAACUAAUACAACAUGAUUGCAAAACUGAAACAAAUAAAUAGUACCUUCAAAGAUCCCCUAGGAAAAGAUAAUCGACAGCGGGAGAAGCAACAACGCCGAAGAGUUAAAGGAUUUUAAACUAUUUUGAACCACAGUCUUCACCUAAGAAAUACCUAAGAAAUUAGGUAGUGGUCAUUCAAGAAGAAUCUGAAAUAUAGAUAGAUUAAAUAUGA